AUGCAUCAGGGAAUCUCAGUCGUCACGUGGUUCAGGCUGAGUCGAAAUCACCCACUUGCAACGGUGCAAUAUGACAACUCCGGAGCUUCAGCGAUUUCCAAGUUGCACCCGCAACCAGAUGCAGAUGAAACGACUCUCGCCAAGCUAGGAUUCAAGCAGGAGUUUUACAGGGAAUUCACUCCGCUAGAGCUUUGUUGGAGUAGCUCCUUCAAUAGCUUCUGUGCUCUUCUAUGCAAUACCAAACGGUGGGCCUUUCGCGAUGGUUUGGGGUGUAAGCUUUCAUCACACGUGAGGAUUCCUACAUCUCACUUUCCCUCUGCGCAAUGGGCAUUUGCUUGCCCCUUUAUCAUGUGCAUUGGGAUGGCGAUGGCAGAGCUCGCAUCACCAGCACCUACUUCUGGCGGCCUAUACUAUUGGACUUACUCUCUUGCCUCUCCACGAUGCCGCAAUUUUCUGUCGUGGAUAGUUGGCUAUUCGAAUACCACAGGGAUUAUCACGGGAGUUGGUAAGACGGAUUUCGAUGACGGCAAGAACGAAGGCGAAGGCAUCGAUGAAGUUCAUCAGUCCUUUGUCUCUCAUUUGAUCGAUGAAAGGGAGGACGACAAGGGCGGUGAUGGUGAUGACGGCGGAGUCGAAGGCGAGGUCAUUGACAAUGAUGUUCAAAAGAGAAAGGCUUUUGUUUACCAUCUCAAGGACGAGAAGCGCUACAACUAG